AUGUUCAGCUCACUUCUACCGAAACCAGAGCAUGCUACUCAUGAUACAAUUCCUGUGAGCAUCAUUAAGGAAUCUAGACGUUCUGCUCUCAUCGUACUGCCAGGAAUAUCUGAUCGGACGAAGACACAUGUCAUACCCAACCCCAAUACAGCAGACAAAACGUUAUCUGAACUACAUGUUUCGCUGGAUGGGUCUUUAGACUACGCUAAGACUAUCGCACUUGCACAAGAUAGCAAAGUAGCUGUGCAAGCUACAUAUGAAGAUACGAUCCCGUUGAAAGAAAGGUAUCCCAAUUUAAAGCACCAUUUUCCACGAUAUACUUUGCAAAACUGCCCGGACAAAAGCUUAGCUACUUGUGUCGAAGAGACGAGAGAACUCAUAGAGAAGUUGAUAUCACAGUCUGAUGGUGCCACUGAAAAAUCAGAAGGUGCGUCAUUUGUGAAUUUCACCCCCAGCGGGAUGGGAGACCCCGAUGAUGGAGGAAAAACCAUCGAAAUUAGAGAUUACAAAGAAGAUCCUAUGCUACCACCGAAGUUCAAGCUUCGAAAGAAUCGACACAAAGAGCCUUCGCCGCCUCCUCCUAUAUUGAAGUCCUCUUCUAACACCAAAGUUACUAAGGAGUUAAAAGAUCAAUGGAAAAUACCCAGUGCAGUCUCAAACUGGAAAAAUAAUCAGGGUUUUUCUAUUUCAUUGGAUAAGCGAGUCAAUGCGACAGGUAUGGGUGGGGCUUCUGUUGAGUCUUCAAUAAAUGUGGAGAAAUUCAGCCUGCUUUCCCUGGCACUAGAAAAUGCACACAACCAGGCUCGAGAUGAUAUUCGCAUAAGAAAUCAGAGAAGAAAAGAACAGGCAAUACAGGAACAACGGGAUAAAGAAUCGCAACUAAGGCAACUACUAGAGCGGACUAGAACGGAGAGAUUGGGCAAGCGUCCUGGAGAUGAUUUACGUAACAUAGGAAAGAAAAGUCGGAGGUGA